AUGAAGGUGUUCCUUGCAACUCUACUUUUGAUCACGCUGCAUCAUUCUUGUGCCGUGAGUCCCACCAAUUGCAGUGAGACUGAACCGGUGGCUGGGAAAGUUCUAGACCUGAUCAAUAAAGGGCGACAAGAUGGCUACCUUUUCCAGUUGCUGCGGGUUGCUGAUGCCCACUUGGACAAAGCGGAAUCUGCAACUGUCUAUUAUUUAGUCCUAGAUGUGGUAGAAUCUGACUGUUCAGUCCUUUCCAGGAAACACUGGAAUGACUGUGAGUUGGCUGAUUCAAGGCGUCCAUCUGAGAUUGUGAUCGGGCAAUGCAAGGUGGUAGCUACAGCAUUUUCCCAUGAAUCUCUGGAUCUUAGAGUGAAUAAUUUUAACUGCACCACAAGUUCUGUUUCUUCAGCACUGUCCAAUACCAAAGACAGUCCUGUGCUCUUUGAUUUCUUUGAGGAUACUGAACCCUACAGAAAACAAGCCAACAAAGCCCUUGAGAAACACAAAACAGAGAACAGUGAUUUCACCUCUUUCAGGGUGGAUCAAGUGGAAAGAGUUAUACGAGUGAGAGGAGGGAAAGGAACCGGUUACUAUGUGGACUUCUCCAUAAGGAACUGUUCUAGACACCAUUCUCAUAGGCAUUCUAAUGUCUUUGGGUUCUGCAGAGCAGAUUUUUUUUAUGAUGUAGAAGCUUCUGACUUGGAAACCCCAAAAGACCUUGUCGUAAACUGUGAUGUCUUCAACCUUGAGGAACAUAGAAACUUCCAUGGUGAACAACACCAUUUGGGCAUACCCCCUGACUCUGGUAGCCCUGAGCAUCUUCCUGCAGGCAGACGUCCAUUUAAGCCUAAUGGAUCUAGAGGUCACCAUCACCACCAUAAGCCACAUGGAUUUGGAUGCCCUCCUCCCCUAGAAGACAAAGAUCAUGAUCAUAAUCAUAAUCAAAAUUCCAGUGAAUCCCAUCCUCAUGGACAUCAUUCCCAUGAGCAUCAUUCCUAUAGACACUAUGGUCUGAAACACCCCUCCCGUAAACACCAUUCCCGUAGAAAACAUCCCCAUGGUGAUGGUUUCCAUGACCAUAGCCCCUGUGACCGACCAUCUCACAGCCAAGGUCCCCAUGGUCACCAUGACCCACCACCUAAGCAUUCAGAAGAAAAAGGCCUAGGUAAAAGGUAUUUUCCAUCCCAUUGGAGACAAAUUGGCUAUGUUUAUCAACUUCCUCCACUAAACAAAGAAGAAAUUCUUUCUGUUCCUGAAGCCAAUUUUCCCAGGUGCUCAUUGCCAAACCAUAAGAAUCCCAGGAUGCCAGAGAUCCAACCCUUCCCUCAAUCAACCUCUGAAUCAUGUCCAGGGAAGUUCAAAAAUGAAUUUCUACACAUCCUGAAGUUUUUUGAAUAUACAGCUCCAAAAUAA